CUUGUCUGUGUAGUUCCGUGAUGCGAUUGAAGGUUCUAGGUACUCAGGGUAGAUGUGACUGAAGAUUUAAUAUUAUAACAUAAAAGACAACUAAUUGAAGAAAAAUGCGCUGGUUUGAAGGUUCUAUUCCAGCUGCCAUCGCCGCUGCCAAACACCAGAGCCUUGUUUUCGUCGUCGUUAUAACAGGCGACGAUGAGCAGUCCACACAGAUGAUUUCCAGUUGGGAGGACGACAAAGUUGCCGAUGCGUCCCUUAACACUUGUGUCGCAAUUAAGGUGGAUGCCAAGAGUGAGACAUGUGUUCAGUUCUCCCAAAUCUACCCAGUGGUGUGCAUCCCCUCCAGCUUCUUCAUCGGGGAGAACGGCAUCCCCCUGGAGGUUAUCGCCGGAAGCAUUCCCGCCGAGGAGCUUAGGAUGAGAAUUGACAAAGUCAAAGAGAUGCAUGCCCAGCAGAUCCGUGCAGAAGCGGUCGCCCCCCAGGCUGAGAUGGGGCUCCCCAUGGAAGCCCCACCCCCAGAGGAGCAGACCCCACCCCCGGUCACGGCACUCCCGCUGUCCUCCCCUGCUCCACAAGACCUCCAGCCCACCCAGACACCAGCCACAGAGUCCACAGCCACACCUUCGACAUCUAAAGAAUCCCUGUCCAGGCCUGUCGAGGAGGCUUCUGGUCAUGUGACCCCCGGCGAGGACAGGAGCACCUCAUCGGACGACGCCUCCGCCAGCUCUCAGCCCGACGAGGGCCUGGAUGCCAAGGUGGAACGGUUGACAAAGCAACUAGAGGAGAGGAGAGAGCAGAAGAAGAAAGUAGAGGAGGAGGGUGAGAUCAAGAAGGAGAUGGAGAGGAGGAAGCAGGGCAAGGAGGUACUGGACUUUAAGAAGAAGCAGGAGGACGACAAGACCAAGCGGAUCCUGGAUGAGAGGAACAAGGACAAGGCAGAGGAGAAGGCGGCCAGGGAGCGUGUCAAACAGCAGAUUGCCCUGGACCGUGCGGACCGGGCGGCCCGCUACGCUCAGAACCAUGAGGAGCUGGAGACGGCUCGGCUGGCAGCCUUGCAGGCCAGGCAGGCGGAGCAGGAGGCCCGGAGAGAGACCCCGAACAGAGAGAGGAGCACCAGGAUACAGUUCCGUCUCCCAGACGGUUCCUCCUUCACCAACCAGUUCCCCUCAGAGAGCAGGCUGCAGGAGGCACGACAGUUUGCAGCUCAGGAAGUAGGCAAUCGCUACGGUAACUUCUCCCUGGCGACCAUGUUUCCACGGAGGGAGUUCACCGGGGAGGACCUGGACAAGACCCUGCUGGAGCUGGAGCUGGCCCCCAGCGCCUCGGUUGUCCUGCUGCCUCAAACGGGGCGCCCGGCCCACUCGGUGGUGCAGUCGUCCGAGGGUGGUCUGUGGGCUCUGCUGGGCUCCAUCCUCUAUCCCCUGCUCGCCGUCUGGAGGUUCCUCACCGGCUUCCUGUUCAGCAGCCCGGGCCCCGCCCCCUCCCCUGCCCCCUCCCAGAGACCCGGAACUGCCCCCGCCUCGGGCUCCUCUGGUGGGGAACCAAAGAGGGAAUCCCUUCGCAAGCGCACAAUGGAGAAGAGACCAGAGGACUUCAAGAAGGACGGUAAGAUCCACAGACUUCGAACCCAGGAAGACAGCGAAGAUGACAACAACACCUGGAACGGGAACUCCACCCAGCAGAUGUAGCGCAAUAACACUGGUUCUCUCUCUCUCUCUGUCUCUCUCUCUGAAACGGUUUGACUUUGUCGAGUGCGUGCAGUCGGUGUAACUGAAGAUUAUGCUGAUUUUUAGGGCUAUGUUUAUUUGUUUACCGAUUUUCUCCCUUUCCCGUCAUCCAAGCUUGUUAAGUCCUCCUGCUUCUUCCUGCAUGGGUAGAUAUAAUCAAGGUAACCCAGCCCUCCAUGGACUUGAACAGACCCUUCUCCCGUUCCCCCUCUCUUUGUGUUGAAACUACUAAUUGCUUCAGACUCGCCUGACCAGGUGUCUGUGUGGGGGGUCAGCGCUGGCCAAGGAGCUUCUCUCCAGUCUGUUAACUUGUCUGACGGCUGCAGAGGAGCUUGGAGUGUUUUAUUUAACUGUAACCCAGCUGGGUGAAGCUGGACGAGCCAGUGAGUGGCUGUAGCGAGGGGGGGUGUGCAUAGAUAAGUUUUCUACCCUGGCUGUGGGGCCACUGCUGGCAGAGACUGCCUUGGCAGUAGAAUGUGUUUCUACUAGUUGAACAUGAGCAACCACUGGAACUGCUCCUGUAUGUAACAAUGGCAAAUGAUGAUGAUGAUGAUAAUGAUAAUAAUAAUAAAGA